GUCGCUGCUUGUUAAACUACUCGUGUGACAGUCGCCGAGCAAACUUUAAAGAUGGCGUCGACCUGUUCAUGGAAACCAUGUGGAGAUACAAGACAGGAUGCUUUAAUAGUGAAAUUCUCUAAUGGACACGUGAAAAAAGCAGAGCAGCUGAAGAUCGGAGCCUUCAAACAUACAGAUGAGGUCAACCCCAGAAAGAAAAACCGACGGAUUGUGGUGGCAGAAUCAGACAGGCUUUCUUAUGUUGGAAACAACUUCGGUUCUGCUUCAUUGCAAUGUAAUAACAUGUGCAGGUAUUUUGUGGGAGUCCUUGACAAGAAAACCAUGAAAAUGAAAGUUCAUAAUGCUCAGCUAUUUAACAUGCAACCUGUAAUACCAGGUGAAGCAGAGGCAGCAAAUGAAAACACAACGCAAGCUGAGACAUACAGGGAUAAGGUGGAUGCUCUCAUUGAAGCAUUCGGGACAACUAAACAGAAACGUGCGCUGAGCUCCAGAAGACUCAAUGAGGUGGGAAAUGACACACUGCAGAAAGCUGUGGCUCGAGCUGCUAACAACAUCAUUGAUCAGAAAGGAGUGGAAGCUCUGCAUAAUGCUGUAGCUGAAACGGAGGCUCAGACAGAUACAUCAAAGUUCCUACCUUUCUGCAACACUGAGGCAGACAAACCAGAAGACGUUUACCCUUUUGAUGAAUUGUUGUCUCCAGUUGAGUAUGAGGCCCUGAAGGACAUUGGUGUAAAGAUGGCAGAGCUGACCCCUGAAAACCUGCAGAAGAUGAGAGAUGAAGGCAGUCCACAGACUGUUCUUAAACAUCUUGAGUUCUUGCCCAAAGAGGCCGCAGCUCGCGAAAGAUUGUCUCGGUGCGCCUGGUAUCUGUCUUUUCUCAUAAAAGUCUCACUGCAGAAACGUCUCAGUCGCAAAUUUUGUGUUGAAAAUGGGUGUCCUCGAAUCAUCAUCAACAAAGUGCUGAAGAACUUCACAGUGGAGAGUUUUCACGAUGGCAAUUUGAGGAGCACAGUGUCGACGUCCAUGCGAAUGAAACUGGCGUCUCACUGUUUGGCUUUACUUCUGCACAUGGGGGAUCAGACAGCCAACCUUACACUACUACACAGAGACCUGGGCAUCAGUGACAUCAAGAUGUUGGAGUUGGCCAAAGCCAUGGGCCUGACUCUGUCCCGUACAUCUGCGUGCAGUACAGAAGAGGUUGGGACACAGGAUGAACACAGGAUGGCAUCUCUGGUUCUUCCAUUAGUCUGUUAUGAUCGGCAUAAUGAACGCAGGAAACGCAAAAGGAUGAAAUGAACUGUUAAGAGCUUAUUUGACUGUUUUAAUUCAGCAGUUUUUGUGAUAUAUUUGAACAACACUGUUCUUUGGAAGUUAAAAGUAAAUGUUAUUUACUUCAAUGAAACUGGACUGGCCUGACUCUUCAUUAGUUUGCACCUAAUCCUAAUGCACUGUUGAUUC